CAUAGCUCUCUCCCAACACCACGCGAGCGAGUCAACACACGGGCAUUCCUUACUAAGGUAGGCCUUGGCUUAGCUCAUUCCCGGUAAAAGCAAGAUUUUGGACUCGUUGGUGUAGCGAAUUCCCUUUCUAUGCAACAGUUUAUCUGAUCAGUAUUACAUUGGACCUUCACGUUCCCAUCGAGCUUUGGAACGUGUUGAACUCGGUAACGUCGACUGAGGAUAUCCAAAAUGGUUCUAGCGCGACUUCUUGUUCUUGCGGUAUGGUUUGCGAGCUUCUUCACUUUGCAAGCUGUGCCCAUAGAUGACGAGACUGAAGAGAUCUUGAGCAGGAGUCGGAGGCAGGCAGUUGAGUCAAAUACUUACCGGUUACCUGAUAAUAGGCCCCCACCCGAGAUAUUCACAAAUUCGACCCUUCCACCCAAAGGAGAGCCAGGCACUCCAGGACGACCGGGGUUCCCAGGCCCCGCUGGUUUUACAGGUUCAACUGGUGACCCCGGAGGCCGUGGGGUUCCUGGAAAACCGGGGGAAAUCGGAAAUCAAGGUAGCAGGGGACCCCCUGGUCUACCCGGAGGUUCAGGUCCGUCGGGUAUUACACUCAUCGGAGCACCGGCAGGAACACUCUUGUCACAGGAUGAAAUUGACCAGAUCGUGCAAAUAUGGCAAUCCAUGCAGCGACAAAAGGGAACUUAUGGAAGGAUAGGUGCCAUAGGUCUCCCAGGAGAGCCGGGAGAAACUGGUAACCAGGGCCUUCAAGGAGAGCGCGGAGACCGUGGUCCAAAAGGAACUGUAGGAGAACAGGGUCCCCCAGGUGAUGUUGGACCGACAGGAGACCCAGGGAGACCUGGAAAGGACGGACCAGAAGGUUCUGUUGGGGAUCCAGGUCCUGUAGGUCCUCCAGGAGAAAAGGGAGAUCAGGGUCGAAGGGGCAUGUUUGGCAUGAUGGGACGCAAGGGUGUAAGGGGGAAAAGAGGCAGGCAAGGUGCAAAAGGACCAACUGGCUUGCAGGGUGAAAAGGGGGAGCAAGGACCACCAGGACCUAACGGAGUGAAUGGUGUUAUGGGUCAACCUGGUAGAAAAGGAGGGAGAGGAACAAUGGGUGAACCAGGCCCCAAGGGUUUCCCAGGACCAGUGGGCCCUCCAGGACCUCAAGGGCCAAAGGGGGCUUUUGGGUCACCUGGACAGCAAGGUGUGACUGGAGCAAGAGGACCAAGGGGUGACCCUGGUGUAGAUGGCCCUUCUGGUGAAAUGGGUCCACCUGGUGCACCAGGAGCUCAAGGACCCCAGGGACUGCGUGGAAAUCCUGGAAAUCCUGGUAUGCCUGGACCUGAUGGAGUUGCCGGUGAAAAAGGCGAAACAGGACCACCAGGCCCACGAGGAGCUCAGGGGUCACAGGGAGACCAAGGACCAAAAGGUGCAACUGGACCAACUGGAAAUAAAGGACAGAGUGGAAUACCUGGUGAAAGAGGAGUGCCAGGGGUCAAAGGAUUCCCAGGCCAACCAGGAGACAGGGGAGCUGCUGGCCUUCCUGGGGAUCCUGGUGUCCCUGGCCCCCCUGGAGCUCCUGGUGAAGUAGGAAUACAAGGGUCACCAGGUGGUCCUGGAUCUGUUGGACCAAAGGGAGUCAUGGGUACUCAGGGCUUACCUGGAAUGCCAGGAAUGAAAGGGGGAAAGGGAAGUACUGGAAGAACUGGAAGAAGGGGAAGUAAAGGGCCCAGGGGAAGCAAGGGUGAGGUAGGGCCAGCGGGUGAGAGAGGAGGCCCAGGCCCCAGAGGCCCAAGAGGAUCAAAAGGAAAUCCUGGUUCCCCUGGUAGAGAUGGGAUACCUGGCUUCCAAGGAAGUGCUGGUACCCCAGGAAGCCAAGGAGCACCUGGUGUGGCUGGACCCAAAGGCCUCUCUGGACCAAUGGGGAUGAGAGGAUCAGGGGGUCCUCAAGGGAAACAAGGGGAGCCUGGACCCGAUGGAGAGCAGGGACCUCUGGGUGACGCUGGUUUAGCUGGAGGCGAGGGACCCCCUGGUCCUCAAGGUCCCAUGGGUCCACCAGGCUCAAGAGGUGCAGAUGGAGAAAAAGGAGUUCAAGGAAGACCGGGUGCAAGAGGAGCGAAGGGAAGUAAGGGACAACCCGGACAGGAUGGGCAGAAGGGCCCCCCAGGCGACGCAGGGAGAAGCGGCAGAGAUGGAGAAAACGGACCACGUGGAUUGGAUGGAGCAGGUGGUGAAAUCGGUGGAAUUGGACUCCCAGGUCUACGGGGUGAACCAGGUCCACAAGGAAGACCAGGAAUGAUGGGACGCCAAGGAAUGACUGGACCUGCUGGAAAAACUGGAGCCCAAGGAGCUGCCGGUCCAGAGGGUCCAGCAGGAGCAACAGGACCGGCUGGAGAGAAGGGCAAUACUGGACCAGAUGGUGAGACUGGGCCUAUGGGGCCCCCAGGGAGAUCAGGAGCUGAUGGCUCCACUGGUCCGCCUGGACCUGUUGGCGAACAAGGACCAAAAGGCGAAAAGGGCGACGCAGGACAAUCAGGAAUCCCUGGGCGAGAUGGUGCUUCUGGACUUAGGGGGCCCUCUGGGGAGCCAGGUGUGGCUGGCCCUCCUGGACCGCCGGGACCAAUGGGAGCUGCUGGCGGACGAGGAUCAAGAGGUCAACCUGGACCUGCCGGAGACCGGGGGAGCACAGGAAAAAAUGGUCCAUCGGGUAUAUCUGGUGCCCAAGGAGAACAGGGCCCUCCAGGACCUUCAGGUGCGAAAGGUGACCGUGGAGUGUCCGGUGCACCUGGAGCUCAAGGUUCUCAGGGAGGUCAAGGAACACAAGGUCAACCAGGAUCUAAGGGACCUCGUGGACCGAAAGGUUCCACAGGCAGCGACGGUCUUGAUGGUCCAAAAGGAGAGGCCGGAGAGAAAGGACCAUCUGGAGAGGAUGGGCCGCCUGGAAAUACUGGUCGAGAUGGUGUACCCGGUCAGCCUGGAAUAAAAGGACAACAGGGACAGAUGGGUCCACCAGGUGCAGUUGGUUCCCAGGGAGCACAAGGAAGCAAAGGAGAGGCGGGCUAUCCUGGUAUGCAAGGCGGCGUGGGUGCAGCGGGGCCUGUUGGCCAAGCGGGAGAUCCUGGCCCUGCUGGUAGAGAUGGCGUUGAUGGAGCCUCUGGCCUUCCUGGACCUCAAGGAGUAAAAGGAGCCACAGGACCACCAGGCUCUAAUGGUCGGGCGGGUGUCAUCGGUCCGCGGGGUUCCCCAGGACUUCAAGGUGCAAAAGGAGAAAAGGGUAAUAUUGGAGCUACAGGAACUGCAGGAGUUGCUGGUGCCCCCGGUCAAGGGGGUGCUCCAGGACCUCAGGGAAGCGUUGGUGCUAAAGGAGUUGCUGGAAGAAAGGGAGAGACUGGGGCCCAGGGGAGCGAUGGCGAGAGAGGUUCAACGGGAAAAGAUGGUGCUCAAGGUAUGCAAGGGCAACAAGGCGAAACUGGUGUCAAAGGGCACAAGGGAAAUCGAGGCCCCAUGGGACCCGUUGGCGUCCCUGGAACUAAAGGACCAAAGGGCGAAAUAGGAGAGGAAGGAUCAAGAGGAACGAGAGGACCAAAAGGGCCGAGGGGUGUUAAAGGUGAAGUUGGGCCUCCUGGUGCCGCUGGUGUCCAAGGUGUACAGGGCAGAGCUGGAGCAAGCGGAUCCAAAGGACCGGGCGGAGACCAAGGUGUCAAGGGAAGAGUUGGUGCACCCGGUCCUCCAGGUCCCCCCGGAGUUCCGGGCGCGGUUGGCGGCCUGUUUGGGGGAAAUUCGCGCAGAAAACGACGAUCCGCCUCCAACGAUGUGGAGGAUCAGUUUGUCGAGCUCACCAUUGGUGUUCUGGAAGUCCUGAACAUGCUUAAAAACCUGGAAACACCCCUUGGUGGAUCUGCCAAAACCUCAGCUAGGACAUGUAAAGAAAUCAUGCUUCUUAACAGUACACUUCCUGAUGGUAAGUACUGGCUAGACCCUAACGGUGGCUGUGCAGAAGAUGCCUUCCAAGCCGAAUGUAAAUUCUCUGCUGGAGGACAAACGUGCAUAUACCCAAAUCAGCUGCAGGGUGACAAUUCAAAAGAGACCCUCAAGUUCUCCUACGAGGCAAGUUCAACGCAGUUCAAGUUCCUCAGACUUCUAAGCAAGCAAGGUGCCCAAGACGUCUCGCACGAAUGCCUCAAUAAUGUCGAUGACCUUACCAUAUCGAGUUUUAACGGACAAAAGAUCACAACAGAUCGCCUUCAAUGCAAGAGCGGCCAGGACCAAGUUCAUUCCAUCGACAAAAAAGAUUUACUUCCUUUGAAGGACAUCUCCACCACACAACAGAAGCCAAUCAAAUUCCAGCUUGGUCCAGUCUGUUUCCAAUAAAUUUUCAUCUUUAGUUGUUAACUUUAUUGCAGUUCUUUGACUCAAUAUAUUCUUAACGAAGAAUUGGAUACACAUCCUUAGCAAUUAAGAACAUUCUAAGAGAGUGAAAUGCUUGAAAAGUUAGGUUGGAAAUUUUUUUAGAGAUGCUUUCUACCUUUGUUUCUGUUAGUAUAAAUAAACUGUACCUAUUUUAUUGUACACGUGUUCGUAUUUAGAGAACAUUGGGAGUUGUAAACAUGUUUAAAAAAACGAAUUGUUUCAGCUUUUUUUUUUUCACGCCUGUGGGUGUGUCGAAGAAUAUUUAGAGGUAGUGUUUAGGCCAAAUAAAAGAAGAAUAACGAGCACACUAA